AUGGAUGUAGAAACGAGUCACGAGAAUAAGGAGGUGGAUAUAGAAAUGAGUCACGAGAAUGAGGUGGAUAUAGAAACGAGUCACGAGAAUAAGGAGGUGGAUAUAGAAACGAGUCACGAGAAUAAGGAGGUGGAUAUAGAAACGAGUCACGAGAAUAAGGAGAUUACUGUAAUUGAGGAAGUAGAUACAGAACCCAAUCACGACAAUAAGAAAGUGGAUAUAGAAACGAGUCACGACAAUAAGAAAGUGGAUAUAGAAACGAGUCACAACAAUAAGAAAGUGGAUAUAGAAACAAGUCACAACAAUAAGGAAGAGGAUAGAAAAACGAGUCACGACAAUAAGAAAGUGGAUAUAGAAACAAGUCACAACAAUAAGGAAGUGGAUAGAAAAACGAGUCACGACAAUAAGAAAGUGGAUAGAAAAAUGAGUCACGACAAUAAGAAAGUGGAUAGAAAAACGAGUCACGGCAAUAAGAAAUUGGAUAGAAAAACGAGUCACGGCAAUAAGAAAGUGGAUAGAAAAACGAGUCACAACAAUAAGGAAUUGGAUAGAAAAACGAGUCACGGCAAUAAGAAAGUGGAUAGAAAAACAAGUCACAACAAUAAGAAAGUGGAUAGAAAAACGAGUCACAACAAUAAGGAAGUGGAUAGAAAAACGAGUCACAACAAUAAGGAAUUGGAUAGAAAAACGAGUCACGACAAUAAGGAAGUGGAUAGAAAAACGAGUCACGGCAAUAAGGAAGUGGAUAGAAAAACGAUUCAUGGCAAUAAGAAAGUGGAUAGAAAAACAAGUCACGGCAAUAAGGAAGUGGAUAGAAAAACGAGUCAUGACAAUAAGGAAGUGGAUAGAAAAACGAGUCACGGCAAUAAGGAGGUGGAUAGAAAAACGAGUCACGGAAAUAAGAAAGUGGAUAGAAAAACGAGUCACGACAAUAAGAAAGUGGAUAGAAAAAAGAAUCAUGACAAUAAGAAAGUGGAUAGAAAAACAAGUCACGGCAAUAAGGAAGUGGAUAGAAAAACGAGUCACGGCAAUAAGGAAGUGGAUAUAGAAACGAGUCAUGACAAUACAUGUAAGGAAGUGGGCUAA